AAUAAUGUUCUAGCACAUUUAGGCGGUUCUGCUGGACUGAACUAACAUUUCGCAUCGAUUUAAAUCAACAGCCCUCAUAAACUGCGAAGCGGUGUUGUCCUCAAGUAGACGCACAUCCAGCCGCUUCUCCCUUUGUAACAGUCUGACCUUCCUGUAACCUGCAGUCAGCCCGCUGAUGGAGCUGAAGCCCAACUCCGGCAGCGACAGAGCAUGGGUGUGGAACACACUAGCAGACUACGCUGACGAAUGUCCCAAACCAGAACUCCUGGCGAUCCGCUUCUUAAACGCAGAAAACGCUCAGAAGUUCAAGGUGAAGUUUGACGAAUGCAAAGAGGAAGUUAAAAAGCAAGUAGAGGGAUCAGGCAACACUGACAGUGCAAACAAGGUGGCAGAGAAGCUGGAGGAGCUUUCAGUAAAAGAUAAGGCAUCUGAGGGAAAGAAGGAAGAGGACAAAAAGGAAACUGAGAAAAAGGAGGUGAAAGCUGAGAAGAAUUAAGAACCAAGAACUUGCUUUGCUGAUCUUCAGUUUUUUUUUGUUUUGUUUUGUUUUUUUCAGUUUUCCUCUUUUUCUACAAUAGACUCUAUGAACUGAA